AUGCCGCUCCAGAUGUUCAGCCGCGCGCAAGCCCGCAAAGAACGCGACCUUCUCCCCCUCCUCAAUUCCUGGUCCAAAUACUACAGUCAGGACCUUCUACGGAAAAAGGCCCAAUCGCCAGAUAGCAUUCUUCCCCCAGAUAUCCGACGCGACCUGGCGAAAAACAUCAAGAAGAAGCGCGAGGAGCUACACAAGCGCUUCGAAGUUGUCCCGUACUGGAAAGGUCUUAAUUUCCUCCAGAUCCCCGUCUGGAUCUCCAUCAUGGAAAGCCUCCGUGCAAUGUCCGGAAAUGACAAGGGUCUCGUCCCGUAUCUCCUCUCCCUCGUGGAGCCGGCAUCCUCGACAACCUCGUCCCCCGUCCAUCUGGCCGUUGAGCCGUCCCUCGCCACAGAGGGCGCCCUCUGGUUCCCGGACUUGCUCGCUGGCGAUGCAACUGGGAUCCUCCCCGCGGCCUUGACCCUGUCUAUCUUGCUAAACGUCCGCACCGGCUGGAAAGUGCCCCCGCUGCGCGAUCUGGCCGACCUGCCGAAGCCCGAGCUGGCUAAACAGUUCAUCUACCGGGGAAUCCGCACGUUCAUUCAGUUCCUGGCGCUGAAUGUGGGAUUGUCUGCGUAUGUGUCGGGCAUGCCCUCGGCGCUGAUGAUCUACUGGAUCACUAGCUCCAAUGUCGCGACGCUGCAGACGCUGUUCUUGGAAAAAUACAUGUUCGCGAAGAAGCCCCUCAAGCCGUGGAAACAGAUCUUCAUUGCGUUCCCGAAAUCGUGGCAGGGCACUCUUGCGACAAAGAAAUGA